AUGGCUGCCCGAAUCGGCUUAGAAGGCGGGCGUCCCAAAGCACGGCGAGGAAUCGUCAGAUCCAUCUUUUACCCCACAAACGUCAGCAGACCAAGCAAUGUUUGCCUGAGAAGCUUCAACACUACUGUCCCCGGCUUGACUUCCACUGCGCCUCCCGAAUGCGGGCCGAUGCCCUAUGGCCACGCUAUACCGGGCCUUCGCAGGCAUCAGUGCCAGGGAGACCUUGAUAUCGCCUCCAACCAGUCCGAACUCGCUCCGCAUCUCCUACCGUCACGCUUUCGGUAUCUUUGCGCACAAGAGAAGUCGGGGAAUCUCAUCACCACAUCCCUUCUUCUCUCCGGGCCGGUUGAUAUACCAAAGACCGGCGAGGUCCGUCUCAGCUGGUCUGAUGUCGGCCACCAGGCGUCAGUUGGAUCCGCUCGACGCACUAUGUGA